GGGUGGGUGGUUUCAGUCAGUGGUUCCCCUAACAAGAGUACUGUAUUUUCCCCAGCAAGGUAUUAAAAUAAUGUAAAAACAAACAAAUGCCAUCAUUCUUUUGUUGGGUCCACCACUGAGUUAGAGUGAAUUGGAAAUGGAUCUGGUUGAGAGUGGAAUUAAACAUCACUUCCUCCCUGUUCCUCCAUCCCCCUGCCCUCCUCUGACCUCCUUUGAGAAACACCUCCCCCUCUAUCUUUGUUGCUGACAGAUUCCUAUCAACACUGCUUAAAGAAGGGAAGCUAUCUCUUCCACUUCUCAUUUGCUGGAUAGUUUAUCAAGGAAUCACUUCUACUAACUCAGUUCUAAGAGGUUUCUUAUUCCGAAAAAUUCCAGGCUUUCUUGGGAGGAAGGAACAAUUUAAAUUUCUUUCAAAGGUACUUUUAUUGAAGAUCUAAUUAAAUGUGAUUUGUGACCUGGUCUGGACUUGGGGAUUUAUGGAACUCUGCCAGGGCGGGUCAACAUGGGCCUGGCUGUACUGCAGCCUCUGUGUGGUGGCUGAGUGGCCUCAGAGAGGGAUUCUGCAGUCCUCCAGUGAAAAGGUGACUGGACUGGCUUCAAGCCAGUUUUGCUUGCUGAGAAUGGCAAGGAGCCAUUCCUCAGCCUCAGGGAAGCUAUGAGCAGUCAGAAAGCUCAUUUUCACAGUCCAAAGAGAGCCUGUGAUUAAGGGAGAUGUGGAGUCUCUUCAAGAGAUCUUUUGUUAAAAAGAAAAAGGCGUGUCCUCUCUGCCCCUGCCUCUGACCUCAGUCAGGGUUUGAAUGUCUGCUAACCCCAAAAGGCCUGGAGGCACAUCAGUAGUUCUGCCUCUUGAAGGCUCUUUGUUUCCAGAUUUUAGCUCUGACUCUUGGUUGAGCCCUCUCUUCUCAGGGCAUCCGUGCCCUGCUGCAAUGACUGUCCCUUUGGCCAAAUCAAAUGCUACCUGGCACUCUGCAUCCCUGCCCCCUUUGUCCUGGGGAAAAAGGCAUCACCAUGGCUAUGAUCUUGCCACAUUCCCACUCUGUCAUACCCCUUAGCACUCCCUCCGUUCAUCUUCUGAGAUGCUCUUGCUUCUCACCCAUCUUCCACCCCUCCCCCAGCCCAUCUGCCUAGUAACUUCAUUUUCUCCCCUUCACGAAGCAGCUGCUGGCUCAGACUGACAGGGGCCUGUGGGAUUCUCACCAUUGAGACAGAAUCUCGGUGCUGAAGGAAUAUCAGUGAGGCAUAUCUAGCCCCGCCUGCCUUGAUGUAAAAGCAGCCCUGAGCCAACUUAUAUAAGUAAGAUUCCAUUUCACAAUAUUCAGCCAAUAUUUAUUGAGCACGUGUCUAUUCUAGACAUGGGGGUUACGGUACAGUGGACAAGACGGUUAGGUGUCCCUGCCUUGGUAGAGUUUAUGUUCUAGGAUGUAUACAUGUUGGUAGUUAGGGGUGGAAGGAGUAUGUGUGCCAUGAGAGGUAGGACAAUAAAUAAACAAAAGAUCAGACAAUAAAGAUCAGCUCUAACCGCCCUUACACUAAAGCUGCUCAAGCUCCUUAUACCCAGCUACCUUCACUAUUGGGAAGUAUUUCCUCUGUAGACAGUCAGAUGCUCCCCAGAUGAUGAACCAGCCUCAGUGUGGGAGCCUUUCAGGACCAGGAGACAAGAGAAAUGCUGCUCACAGGACCACAGAGAAAAAGGCUGCAGCCUGACUGUGCUCACAGUCAACCACAGCAACGGGCUGGAAGCUGCGACUUCUAAGCUGCUGUUCCAUCAUCGUGCCAAUCACUUGAUACUGGUCUGAACCAAAUUUCCUUUCAUCUUUACAUUGGUGAGAUGGUCUCUCUGGGAGCGGCUAAUAGUAAUUUUCAGUGGUAAAAUGGCAAAUAUUUUAUCUCCUGGUUGGCCUAGCACCUCUAAUGGUGGCAAACCAAGAUGCUAAUGGGGGAGUUUGGCCACCCCAGACAGGUGAUAUGUAGCCCUCUGAGUGACAGAUACACAAGUCAGAAAAGAACUGGAAGGACAGCAGGGCUGGAGCAAGGCACAGCUCACUGUAGUAGUCGUAAAUGAACUUGAAAAUGAUGAUACUUUACCCACUUAGCCCCAGUUCAGUUGCCUUGGAAGAGGAAGAUGUGUUAAUAGCAGUGAAGGUGCAAAAAGUCAAUUCCUAAUUGUACUUAGUUAAACCGGUGGAGCAGGGCACCCUAAUUUGGAAGCAUUAUAAGCCAGAGACAGCAGAAUGGCAGCCUAUCUGUGAUUUGUUUUGGUUGUUUGUCCACAUGGUAAUUUAUUUAAAUUUGGACUAAUUGCAGUAAUUAAAAUCAGGAACUUUCUCAUGAAAUUUCAGGCAACCCAUACCAAAUGGACCUGAAUUCCUCUAUGAAAGCAGUUGGCUGAACAGUGGGCUUGGUGGGAAAGAGAGGAGAACAGUAACUUGCUAUUUCAGAUGAGACCUGAGUGAGCUUUAUGUUUACCACAGCCCCCACCAUUCCCUGUGUCCAGUUGCUAAGGCUUGUUGUCAUUGCCAUUUAUUAGCUUUUUCCAGCCACACUUCAUCCAUAUAUGUUACUUGCUUCCCUGCAAUUAAUCUAAGAGCAGAGGCUUCAAAACUCCCUGGCUUCGCCACCUCCCAAGCCCACAAGUUCUGCUGAGUAUCUGGGUGGGUUUGGAGAAGGCCCCGGAUCAGGUGUGCUUCAGUGACCACCUAGGAACAGAGAAUCAUGAACAGACUCCAGGGAAAUCAUGCCUGAUGAUGAGAGGUCCAUGAAGCAGCAGUGAGCCGCCACUGUGGAGGUGGGAGUGGGAGUUAGUGACCAAGUGACAGGAUGGGAGUAAUGACCAGACUUCCUGCUGAUGACUCGGCUCUACCAAGGCACUACACCUGGGUAGUGCAACUCAUCGUUGGAACGUCUUUGCAUAGCCCCAUCCUGGAAGAAGCUCUGUGAUGUGUGGAUCGUGAGUUUGCUCAAGCAAAUUGGACUCUUUACAAGGAAUAGCUAGAUUUGAAGACUAGGAUGGAAGAGCCAGCACCAGUGGAAGGCCAGGGCCAGCUCCCAAGCCCCCACCAGGGCUCUCUGAGGAAAGCCAUGGCAGCUGCCCUGGCCCUUGAUGGGGAAUCCACACUGGGUCGCAGGAAAAAGAAGAAAGAGUCCCGCCCAGAAUCUAUUAUCAUCUACCGGUCAGAGAGUGAGAAACUGGAUGAGGAGCCUGGGGAAUUAGAAGGUGGAGAUCAGCCUAAAGAGGAGGAGGGAGAUGAUUUCCUAGACUAUCCUGUGUAUGAUGGUAUGUGGAACAUGCCUGUGGACAGCCGCUAUGUCACAUUAACUGGGACCAUCACCCGAGGGAAGAAAAAGGGGCAGAUGGUGGACAUCCAUGUCACGUUGACAGAGAAGGAGCUGCAGGAACUCACCAAGCCUAAAGUGUCUUCAAGGGAAAUGGCACCUGAAGGCAGAAAGGCCUGCCAGCUGGGAGCAGACCGUGGGCCCCACGUGGUCCUCUGGACACUGGUCUGCCUGCCUGUGGUUUUCAUCCUCUCCUUCGUGGUCUCUUUCUACUACGGCACCAUCACCUGGUACAAUAUCUUUCUUGUGUACAACGAGGAGAGGACCUUCUGGCACAAGAUCUCAUGUUGCCCCUGCCUCAUUCUCUUCUAUCCAGUGCUCAUCAUGGCCAUGGCCUCUUCCCUGGGCCUCUAUGCUGCCGUGGUCCAGCUCUCAUGGUCCUGGGGAGCAUGGUGGCAAGCUGCCCGGGACAUGGAGAAAGGCUUCUGUGGCUGGCUGUGCAGCAAGCUGGGUCUGGAAGACUGUUCUCCCUACAGCAUUGUGGAGCUGCUUGAAUCUGACAAUAUCUCAGGCAAUCUGUCCAACAAGGAUGCCACCCAGGAGGUAGAAACAUCCACUGUCUAAACUCCCAACAACUUACUUGAUUCUCUGGUCUCAGUAGCCUGUGUAUCAUCUUCCAAUUUCAGAAUAUUCCUUCUUUAAAUUAUUCCUCCCCCGCCUUCCCCCGUACACAGUUCUUCUAGAAAAUUUUAGCCCACACUGAUCUGUCCUACCAUCUUGUUGGUUUCCAGGAGGGCAGAAAACAGAAAAGCAAUUUGUGCCCAGAUAGUCCAUCCAGUGGAUAAACUCUUCUUCAUUCCUUGCCCUAAGAUGACCAUUUUUCUGAGACAAGGGAGGUCAGGUGUGUGUCACUUCAGGAGCUUGGAGGUGUUCCUGGUGCCUGGAACCCAGGGAAGAUGUGACUAAAUGUGACAGGGAGAAUAAGGAGGCUCACGGGAGACCCAAGUCCACCAAUAAGAUAAUAGAUAGGGAUGGAGUGAAAUAUUUCAGAAGCAGGCUGUAACAGUGUAGCAGAAUGUAAAGAUAUGUGUGUAUCACUUAGAUUUUGAUUUAUAUAUUAAAUAUAAUUAAAAUCCAAAUAUCAGUAGUUUAAACAAGAUAGAAGUCUGUUUCUUUCCUGUAUAGAAGAAGUCUGGAGGCAGACCAUCAGGGAAAUUGAUGAAGUCGUCAGAAUCCCAGGCUUUUUUCAUUCACCAACCCUCAUUGCCUUUAUCCUCAGCACCCAGUGCUGACUACAUCUCCAGUCAUCACAUCUCUGUUUCGGAUAGAACAGAGGAAAGGGCAACGAAGAGCACAUACACCCUCCUAGGCUAAGGCGGCUUCUCAGAAGGCCCCCUCAACACUUCUUGUAUCUCAUUGGCCAGACCAUAGUCACAUGACCUCACAAGCAAGAAAGCCUGGGAAAUGUAGUCUUUUGGCCGGGCAGCUAUAUUCUAAAUGUUUGGGUUCUGCUAAUUUAAGAGACAAGGAAAUAAUGGCUAUUUUGGUAGGCAAGUAAGAAUCUCUGGCUCACAGUAAUUAUUUAAAUACAUUCAGAUCCAAAACUGCGAGUACAGUUUUAUUUAUGUAUGUAUGUAUUUAUUUAUUUAAGCCUAAAUAUUACACAGAGAAUUUAUACAUAGAUACUAGCUACAUAUACUAUGCAUAAACCACACGUAGAUAUUAGCAACUCAUGUAUGUUGCAAUUAAAUAUCUAUAAUGCCAUGUGGUUUCAGGUUUUUUAGAAAGGAAGAGUGAAUAGUUGAAUACAAUUAUAUCAUAGUAGCAUAGCUUUCUUCCUGGUAGUGAAGGUGGGCCUGGGUGGUGAUGUUUAGUUUAAUGUACAGAUGAAAGACUGCAAAGGGAGGCAUUGCAUCUGUCAGACUUUCCCCCAGCAGGGUCAGCAGCCCUAAGCACAAGAAGACAGUUAGCUUUGUGUGGUUUGUCAAAACUCACUCAGAGCCUCACUCACUCAGAACUUUCUUCUCACAGCAAACACAGUCUUUGCUGUGCUAAAAAGCUUGGGUCUUCGUGGACACUGAGGGUGUAAACCAGAUGGAUCCAGAUUAAUAGAUUCUGAACUUUAAAAAAAUAUUCCUGAGGGUCUCUUUCCAAUUUCAAAAAAAUCAAAUCCUAAGAGGUCAAGCAGAUUUUGGAGGUUUGAGUCCUUAUAAGAAUAGCUGGUGCCCUAUUCAUGGUUCAUGUCUCAGGAAGAAGCUGUUGAAAGAACUGCUGUGAAUCAAACCAGAUGGGUCAAGCAAUGCUGUCCCACAGAAGGCCAGGACAUUUGCCUGAUGCAUGGUGCUGUACUCCACCUUCAGAGGAAACCCCUCCUUUUUAAAAAUAACUAUUAUUAGUUUGAGAAAAAAAAAACAACUGUGUCCAACACGUUUGAAGAUAAUGUUGGUGCUCUCUGGUGCUUUUACAGAGAUAUAAACAAUUGAAAUGAAGACAAAGAAAAUAAAAAUAAAAUCAGAUUAACGUUUGCUCACUUUGUCUUUGAGUUUCUCCAAAAUUGCUUUGAACGCUACAGUUUUCAGAAAAGGUUGAGCGUGGUGACUAUUUUAUAUAUGUAUAAUGAUCUCAAUAUGGGUCCUUAUGUCUUGACUCUUCCCAUAGACCACCAAUUUAUGAGGAUUCUGUUUAGCUGGAUUUUUUCCACAGAUCACAGAUUUACCUAAGCUUACAUUAGGAAGUUGCAGCCACAUUUGUCACAUUUUUUGGGGGGGUUAAGGAAACAAAUGGCCAAGGCGAAAAAGUCAUGAUAAGGACAAGGGUAAGAUGUCCCUGGCAGAACGAAGGAGGGUGGGGUCAGGGUAAGGAGCAUGGGAUACCUAGGUGAAGUUGAUGUAACCCUCACCCUAAUUGGGCUCACCACCUAGUGGAAGAAAUAGGCUCAUAAAAUAAAAUCAUUUCAAAAGGGCUCAGAGAGGUAUGUAAAAGCCUAGACCUGAGGAAGGAAAACUUAACCAAACAGACCUAAAGCAAUCUCAUCCUUGCUGUCAGCAAAUACCUAGAGAAUUUUAGAGGAGAAAUUAGAGAGUGAAAUGCCAUACUUGAACAUUCUGUUAGCUCAUAGUUACCUACUCUUCAUGGUGAAUAUCAGGAAGGAGGACUAUGCUUUCCAAUUGCUCUGCAGCCAUAAUAUUCUGAGCUUGGUAAACCAUGUCUGAUCCAGUAUGAUGAUGCCAAUGUUCCCAAGCCAUCUUGUCCAUCGACAUUAGGUAGCGCCCUUCAUUUCAAGUCCAAGGGGACCAAAACCCCUGUUA